AUGGAGGAGGAGGAGGUGGUGGUGAAGGUCGCGGACGGCCCACACCGCCUGCCGUGCGGCCAGUCCUGCGCCUCGGCCUCCAGGCUCCGGAGCCGCCGCCGCGACCCCCGCCCGGGGUUGGCGGGACCUGCAGGUUGUGGCUGCGGCCGGGCGGGGGGGCUGCUGCUGGUGCGGCGGCGGCGCCUCGGCGGGGGUCCGGGGCGCGGGGGCCGGGGCCGGGCCGGGGAGCACAAGCCACACCGCUGCGUGGAGUGCGGCCUGGCCUUCCACUUCGUCAAGCAGCUGUACGACCACGCGGGCAGCCACGCGGGCAGUCGGCCCUUCAUCUGCUCCGAGUGUGGCUGCGCCUUCCGCCGGCUGGAGGAGCUGCGCGGCCACAGGUCGGUGCACGGGGCGGAGCGGGGCUUCGUGUGCGGGCGCUGCGGCCUGGCCUGUGCCUCGGCGGCCGGGCUGGGGAAGCACGGGCUGGCGCACGGGGAGGAGCGGCGGCCCUUCGUGUGCGGGCAGUGCGGGCGGGGGUUCAGCCAGGGCGGGGCGCUGGACAGGCACAGGUGCCCCUCGCCGCGCCCGGGGCGGGAGGCGGCGGGAGCGGGAGGAGGCGGUCAGUCGUUCCCGGAGGCCGCGCACACGCCUGCCCGCGCCCGCCGGCCCGGGUACCAGUGCGUGGAGUGCGGCCGCGCCUUCACCCGCCUGCGGGGCCUCCAGGACCACCAGCGAGUUCACUCGGGGGACCGGCCCUUCCGCUGCCUGGAGUGCGGCAAGGCCUUCACCCGCACCUCGGCCCUGCGGGUGCACCUGCAGGCCCACGGCGGCGCCAAGCCCUACCAGUGCGGCCUGUGCCGGAUGCGCUUCGCCUUCGGCUCCCGCCUGCGGCGCCACAUGCGGACCCACACGGGCGAGCGGCCGUACGUCUGCCCGCAGUGCGGGGUGGCCUUCGCCCAGUCCUCCAACCUGAAGGACCACCAGCGCAGCCACGCGGGCCACAAGCCGCACGUCUGCCCGCAGUGCUCGCGGGCCUUCGUCUCCUCGUCCACUCUGGUCAAGCACCUCCGCACCCACUCCGGGGAGCGGCCCUACGCCUGCAGCCGCUGCGGGAAGGCCUUCACCCAGUCCUCCACCCUCAAGAGGCACCGCUGCCCGGCUGCCCCUCCCCCGCCUCCCGUUGUCGCCGCCGCCGCUGUGGCCCCCGGGGCCCAGGGGGAGGGGGGAGGGGAGCGCGGGGCGCCCCCGACCACCGGGGACGGGGACGAGGCCAUCCUGUGCAUCUGCGAGUGCGGCAAACCCUAUCUGAAAGCCCCUGGGGAUCAGCCCCCCCGCUGCUCGCACCCCGCCCACACCUCCACUCGGCACAGAAAGAGGUCCUGACCCUCCCUCGUACCCCCUCCCCACCAUUCACACAGCACACAGUCACUACACUCCUCCCUUUGGAAGGAGGUCAGUGGGGUCUCCUCGGGGCUGAACUGGCCCCAAGGUGACUCCAAGCCUCGGCACUGGAGUGUGGGGAUCGAGACCCCACCCCCCCUCUCUGUGCCGGUGUCUAGUCCCCGGAUCCUGAGCCACGAGGGGCCUCAGGGUCCCAGGGCACCCACUGCUGAUGGCAGCCCAGCCCGGCU